AUGGCUGGUGUAGGACCAAUUGUAAGGUGGAAAAAAGUCUCAGCUGCCACUGGAAAUGUCCCUAGAUCAAGGCAUGGACAUAAGGCAGUAGCUAUAAAGGAUCUUAUCGUAGUGUUUGGAGGUGGGAAUGAAGGAAUAGUUGAUGAACUUCAUGUAUUUAAUACGACAACUUGCCAGUGGUUUUUGCCUGCUGUACAUGGUGACAUUCCUCCAGGAUGCGCGGCUUUCGGCAUGCUGGCAGAAAACACACGUGUGCUAAUGUUUGGUGGCAUGCUAGAAUAUGGGAAAUAUUCGGGUGACUUAUACGAACUGCAGGCUUCUCGAUGGGAAUGGAAACGUUUAAAGCCGAAACCUGCUAGGAAUGGCCCUUGCCCAUGUCCGAGGAUAGGUCAUAGUUUCACACUAGUUGGUCAACGUGCAUUUUUGUUCGGCGGGAUUACCAAUGACAGUGAUGAUCCAAAGAAUAACAUCCCAAGGUACUUAAACGAUUUGUACACUCUGGAGUUAAAACCAAACUCAAGUACUAUGUGUUGGGAUAUUCCAAACACAUACGGUCAGCCGCCUUCGCCUAGAGAGUCACACAGCGCAGUAGCUUAUCAAGUUCUUGAUGGUAUGGUAAAAAAAUGGCGCCUUCUAGUAUAUGGUGGUAUGUCUGGUAAUCGACUUGGAGAUCUUUGGCAACUGGAGAUUGAUACGAUGACGUGGAUAAAACCUAUUAUCAGUGGAGAUCCACCGGCACCUCGUAGUCUUCAUAGUGCAACUGUAAUUGGAAAUCGUAUGUUUGUCUUCGGCGGCUGGGUUCCUUUGGUUAUGGAAGAAAUUAAAAUGACAGCCCAAGAAAAAGAAUGGAAAUGCACCAAUACUUUGGCUAGCCUUAACCUUGAUACAAUGGCUUGGGAACCGUUGGCCAUGGAAGUUGCUGAUGAGUGUCUUUUGCCUCGUGCUCGUGCGGGCCACUGUGCUGUAGCAGUUCAUAGUCGUUUGUACAUAUGGUCAGGUCGUGAUGGAUAUAGAAAGGCAUGGAAUAAUCAAGUAUGCUUCAAAGAUUUAUGGUUUUUGGAAAUUGACCGUCCAGCUGCUCCAACACGUGUGCAGUUAGUUCGUGCUGGCACACAAAGUCUCGAAGUCACUUGGGGUUCAGUUCCAACAGCAGAUGCCUACAUCUUGCAGAUCCAGAAGUACGAUGUUUCUCCUUCGACAACUUCGUCGCAGUCGUUGACAUCUUCACCGGUAGAUACAGGUGGAAUCGCUAAAGCUCCAAUAACUGUAUCCUCUGGUUCUCUAAACUUUUCGAGACCUACUACUAUUACACAGGCUGUAAUCACCACUCCAGCUACAGCAAAUUCAGUUCCAAUACCCAUCCCCAUCAGAUUACCUGCUGCCACAGCUGUUGCUUCUGGUCCUACUGUGGUUACACCGACAGGUCUGAAAAUAACUCCUGUGCCGGGCAGCGCAGUUACCGGACGAGGUGCGUCUAUCGCAACUGUAGCGCAACAUUCCAGCAGUAUCAAUCCAUGUGGUCCCACGAUUAUUCGAAGUGCAUGUCCUCCUAUCGCUCCCAAACAGCAUCUUAUUACAGUCGCUGGUAAACAAGUGGUCUCUGCAGUUUCUAUCCAAGGUUCAAACAGUCUGCCCAUUGUUGCAAAUAACUCUGGUGUAGUCACUUCCAGUCCAAAUCAAGUAGUGCAUAUCGUGAACAAGUCAACUGGAUUAAUUAAGCCUAUCAAGCUGGUUUCUACGACAACAUCUUCAGCUGUCUCCAAAACUAUUACUGUUCAACAGACAUCGACUGGGACAGGUGCUUCAAACGUUGUAGUUCCGAAGGUAAUCAAAGCCAUUCCAGCAUCUAUGCUUCAAAUGUCUGCAUCUGGGAAGCCUAUUUUAAUUGCGGGUAGCAGUGUGGGUCGUCCAGGUCAGACAACUGUUCAAGUCUCAGGUUCUGUGCACAGACCAACUGGACAGCAGAUAGUUAUCAUGAGUCCAUCAAUUUCAGGAUCAUCAUCGGUUGGUGUUCCUGUAUCAUCAAACUUGUACCUUUCUUCUGGAGGUGGUACAUGUCCGAUAAUACGACAAGCAAAUCAGACACAAGUAACUCUAGUCCGACGUGAUCAGUACGAUCCGACACGUGCUAGUAGUGUAAACGACACAACCACCACUACAUCAACAAUCUUCCAGACUAUUCCGCAGGUAGAUGGUACGGUGGAUGAUGAAGACGGAGAUAUUGUUAGUAAUGCAAAUGAUGAUGAUACAACAGAAAAUGAGGCUGCGUCAGUUGCUAUUAUGGAUUCGAACGCAGAUAGAGAAAAAAUAAAAACAAAGGAAGGUGUAGAUAUUUUGCAGCAUGUUGGUGAACAGUUAUCAAAUGAUACGGUGGACUCUGGUUCCGACCUGCAGACAUCAUUAGCUGUAGAAGCUGCUGCUGAACUUCUCGCAGAUAUUGGCGAUGAUAAUACUGGCGGCUUCUUACAUUGUAAUUCAGCAAAUGUUUCCAAAGAGGCUGAACAAGCUGUUCGACAUUUAAUUGACAUCAAAUCAAAUGCAACAUCUAUGAAAGUGUCUGCUGACAAUGAUCUUGAAAAGACAAUGGGGAAAGGUUCAACAUCUUUUAGAGAUGCUGUACUUGUUAAAGAUGAAAGGGAGGAAAAUACAAACUCGCUAACGGAUCCCUUAGAAACGUUGGCUUUAGUCGCAGCUCAUCGCAGUGGCGGUGGUGGUGGUGAUGAUCGUGAAAACAAUUUACUUCCUCCACAUUCCACAGUUCAUUCAAAUUCUGAUCCACAUGUUAUAUGUAGUACAAAUGGUGGACGAUUGGUUACUGUUUCUGUUCCUCAUUCUCGUCUAUCACCAUUGUCAACUUCAUUAGGAGGAACUCAAGUCUCCUCUCGUUUACUGACGACAGGUUUAGUUACUAACUCCUAUCCGGUUGUAACCGCAUCAACUAAUUGUUCUCUGAUAAAUUCUUCAAUGCCUACAACACCUAGUACAGUAAUUAGUCGAGUAGACAAUUCAUGGCAUGAUGUCGGUGUUAUUAAAUCGACAAAUUUUACUGUAACAAUGUAUUCAGCAUGUACAAAUGAUGCCGGUGUUCAUAUGGAGGCUAUUAGUGCACUUCAAAGUGCUAAUGGAAUUGGUCCAAAUGGUCUAACUACACAAGGUCCCAAAUUUCAAUUAGCUCCGGGAACAGCUUAUAAAUUCCGUGUUGCCGGCCUCAAUGCUUGUGGUCGUGGUCCAUGGUCUGAGAUAAGUGCAUUUAAAACCUGUCUACCAGGUUAUCCAGGGGCUCCUAGUGCUAUAAAGAUAACUAAAUCCGAUAGUGGUGCACAUCUAACUUGGGAGGCACCACAGAAUACAGCAGGCAAGAUCACUGAAUAUUCCGUCUAUUUGGCUGUCAAAUCCCAAACUCCUGGACAGGAUUCUACGGAAAACAAGGUUGGUUCAACACCAUCUGGUAUGGCUUUUGUACGAGUGUAUUGUGGUCAGUCACCUUCAGCUACAGUUACUUCUGCAACAUUGGCUACUGCUCAUCUGGAUCUGAGUUCAAAACCUGCUGUAAUCUUUCGAAUAGCUGCACGAAAUGAGAAAGGAUACGGACCAGCUACACAAGUUCGUUGGCUUCAAGAUGUAACUAAUACACCUACUUCAGUGGUUAGUGUAAAUCCACAGCCUGUUAAUACUCAAGCAACAAGCGCCUCCCAACAGAUCCCUAAACGUAAUUUAAGUUUGGAACAUCACAAGAAGGAGGCUUUCCAACACCUGUCAAGCGAUUAA